UGGGGUCUUCGUGCAUUUGCUUAAUUAUUUUAACUUUGUUUUUUUCUUUAAAUACAUCAGAGUAUGCUGGAAUAUGCAGUCAGUACCAGCUGAGAGGUCUGUGUAAGCUACUGUAUUAUGCCAGGAUAUGCGGCAAAGCCAACAUGCCGUGCCUUCUUUCAUCCCCUGAAGAUCUCACUGAAACAGUCGACCCAAUGACUCAACAAGAGAGGUCAUUCUGUGAACUGAAAUGUAGUCAAGGCAGUUACGACAUGUUUAGUGUGCUGUGUGAUUGCGACAUCAACAUAGCAACGGGGGGAAUACCUGAAUCUCUUGAGGCCCAAGCAACGUCUAUCACACUCAACCUCAAAUCUGCUUCACCUACCACAUUCACUAUCCAACCCAACACCACAACAACUUUUACCAUCGUGUCGACUUCACCAUCUAAAACAACUACAAUUACCAUCGUAGCUUCCUCAGUCAUCACAGAAGAUACAACACCGACUACCACAGCAAAUACAUACAUGAAUACUGCCACUCCCUCCACUACCACCACAACUGCAACUCCAACUACUCUAACAACUACAACCACCACAACUACCAAACCUACCACCACAACUACCAAACCUACCACCACAACUACCAAAACUACCACUACAACUACCAAACCUACCACAACAACUACCAAACCUACCACAACAACUACCAAACCUUCCACGACAACUACCAAACCUACCACCACAACAACCAAACCUACCACGACAACAACCAAACCUACCACGACAACAACCAAACCUACCACCACAACAACCAAACCUACCACAACAACUACCAAACCAACUACGACAAUGACCACAACCCUUACAACGUCCACUACAACUUCAACAACCACACCCACUACAACAACAACCACACCCACUACUACAACAACCACACCCACUACAACAACAGCCACGACCACUACAACAACAACCACACCCACUACAACAACAGCCACGACCACUACAACAACAACAACACCCACUACAACAACAACCACACCCACUACAACAACAACCACACCCACUACAACAACAACCACACCCACUACAACAACAACCACACCAACUACUACAACAACCACACCCACUACAACAACGACCACACCCACUACAACAACAGCCACACCAACUACAACAACAACCACACCCACUACAACAACAACCACACCCACUACAACAACAACUACACCCACUACUACAACAACCACACCCACUACUACAACUACCACACCAACUACAACCACCACAACCGCCACUACAACCGACCCGCCUACAACAACAGAAGAAGCUACUACUACUAUAACUACAGUAGAACAACCUACAACAACUACAACGCCUCGACCAGAGACCUGCUACUACACGAGGAACAGACCAGCCCAGCUUGGUACAAUAGUCAAGAGAAUGUACUCUGGUUCUGAUGUUCUCACAGAGUACGAGUAUCCGGGAGUUGUCGGACUUUUUAAUGCAAAUAAAGUCUUCCAGUGUAUGGGCACGCUGUUGGAGGAGGACGUAAUUUUGAUUGACGCUUACUGUUUAGCUGUAGCAAACAGCUCCAAAAAUGGACCACUGUACGCCUCUGUUGGGUCUUACCAACUGCCAGACGUUACAACUAACUUACCUUACCUGGUCGUAUCGUCUGCUAAAUAUCUGGACUCUACUUUGACCAACAAAAAUUUGUACACAAUAUCUCUGAGUUCUCCUGUCACUUUUGAUGACCGCUGUGUCCAGCCGGCCUGUGUCCCCAACUCCCAUGUCUAUUUGGCUGAUAUUGACCACACAGACUGUAGGGUUGUGGGCUAUGGUGAUACUUCUGAUACUACACCAUCCUCAAGUCCAACACUGAAGGAAGUUAAGGUCACACUUAAUCUAGUUAGCAUUAGCGGACCUAUCAGAUACACAAGAAUGGAUGUCAUCAACACAAAAGCUGGGCCUUGCUUCACAACCCGGUGCGACCACUUUCCUGAGCGAGGCAGCGAAACCAGUAUUCUACAAUGCUCUACAGGCAUUUAAAUACAUACCGGUUUAGGGGAAUCCACAUGGGUGUCUAUCAAAG